GUCAUUUAGAAUAAUUAUUUCUUGUUCAUGGUAGGUCAUUUUUAAUUUCAGAAAUACGUGAUAUUGUCAAAAUAUGGACGAGAUAGAAAAAGAGAAAAUAGCGGCCCUGCCGUCUCAACUUCUCGUCACCACAAUAUGUCACCCCAUGGAAUACGCGAAGGUACUUAUCCAGCUCGGAUACGAACCUCUGGCGCCGCGCCGGUCCACGACCCUAUUCGGCCGCCCUGCCAUGAUAUUACCUAACGUUUUCCAAUACAUCAAGUUUAUUAAGAAGUCUGACGGAUUCUUCGGCUGCUACCGAGGUUUGUCGGCGCGAGUGCUUGGUUUGAUCGCUUCUAGCCAGCUUACAUCGAAGGUAAUAAGUGCAGUUGGUAUUGACCUGCCCGAAAUCAAUGAUCCACCAAACAUUGUGACCGACGAGGAGCCUAAAAUCGAAGACUACAUGAAGCUCGGCCGUCGCGACAUGAUAAUGCACACGGCUUCAGUCAUCGUCUCGUAUCCAUUCCAUGUCGUGUCUGUGCGAAUGAUGGCCUCGUUCAUCGGCAAAGAAGAGGACUACAGCUCGUUAUUUGGUGCUAUCGUCUCCAUUUACAGGGACGACGGUAUCUUAGGAUUUUUCCAUGGGAUUGUACCAAAGCUCUUGGGAGAUUUAACUUGUGUUGCUGUUACAGGAGUGUUGGCUUACUAUGUGAACAAAUAUUUGGUCAAAUCCAAAGAUCUAAGAUAUUACACCGUACCUCUGUUGACAUUUGUGACUAGUACAAUAACUUAUCCCCUGGUGGUUGUGUCUACCUGCAUGGCAGUGGCUGGUAGUAGUCUGAAGGCAGGCAACAUGCCCGCUAUGCCAGCAUAUCCUUCAUGGCAAGCCUGCUGGAAGGACUUGCUGAGAAACAAACAACACAAACGCGGUUCCUCCCUAAUCUUUAGGUAUUACAUAGCCCCCAUUGCAGCUAUGCAGUAGUUACUGUAAUUACUAACACACAUUUAUGUACUUGCGUUUAUUUGCUAAGUGUUAUUCCAUGAUCACCAAAGUAGUCGACCUCUUGUAGAGAGUUAAAUGUGUACAAUGAAGUGUGUAAAUAAUUUAGUAUAAAUGGUGUACCAUGUGGAUAUUCGUUUUGCUAGAUUGUUGAGGCAUUGCUCAACAACUGUGUCGUUACAUUUAAAUAAAUAUAUUUUAUUUGUCCAAA